UAUCAUGCAUGUGAUGUUAUUGUUUCAACCAAAAAAAAUAUGAGAGCCAGAGAAUACCUAUCUUCUCACUGAAACUUUAUAUUUUCUUUUUGGGAAGAAGUCCACCUACUCCUACUUACGUGCCAUUAACGGUCGCUUUUCUUCUGCUUGCACUUGCAUAAGCAUAACUCAAUCAACAAUGGCAAUUCUUCAACCACAAAUCCCUUUGUCUCUUUACCCCCAUCAUUUCCAUCUCCCUCUUCACUCUCCUACUGCAGCACCUUUUCUUUGCACACCCUUCAAAACACCAAGAAAACCACUCAAUCUCACCUGCUCAUCCAAAGGCCAAGAUGAUUAUCUGAUAGAUGCUCCUGUUUCUGCUGGAGAUGGGUUUUCUUUCUCUGGAGGGAAAUAUUCAGACGGGCCUAGCCCGUCCGAUGAAUGGUUUAAGCAAGGAAAGAUUGUAUGUUUUGGUGUCCUCAAUUUUUUUUUAUAUAUUUUAUGCUGCUGUAUUUUUGUAUCGUGUAGAUAUUAUAUUCACAAUGUCUAUUGCCUGGCAAGAAAAAAAGGGAAAUGUUGUUUGAUCAUAGAGGGUUCUCUUUUGCAGGUGAAAGCUCAUCCUGUUUCUGGCUCUGGAGAUAAGGCGAAAGAUCCUAUAUUUGGACUUAAAAUGGGUGCUGCUUCUCAGGCCUCAAAUGAUCUUUUCAGAUGGUUUUGCGUGGAAAGCGGAAAUGCUGAUAAUCCUACUGUUAUCUUAAUUCAUGGUUUCCCUUCACAGGCAUAUUCAUACCGCAAAGUUCUUCCCACUCUGUCCAAAAACUAUCAUGCUAUUGCUUUUGAUUGGUUAGGAUUUGGAUUUUCAGACAAGCCUCAACCCAGAUACGGAUUUGACUACACUAUGGAUGAAUUUGUAGCAUCCUUGGAGUCCUUAAUCAAUGAAAUUGCCACUGAGAAGGUAUCGCUUGUUGUGCAGGGAUACUUUUCACCAAUUGCUGUCAAAUAUGCUAGCAAUCUUCAGGGAAAGCUCAAUGAUCUAAUACUCCUCAAUCCCCCACUAACUGCCACACAUGCCAAUCUUCCAUCAGCCUUGUCCAUUUUCAGCACCUUCUUACUGGGUGAAAUCUUUUGCCAGGAUCCUUUAAGGGCCAGUGACAAAACCUUGACCAGCUCUGGACCCUAUAAAAUGAAAGAAGAUGAUGCAAUGGUAUAUAGAAGACCUUAUCUCACAUCUGGGUCUGCAGGGUUUGCAUUGAACGUGAUUAGUAAGGCCAUGAAGAAGGAUCUAAAGGCCUAUGUGGAAGAAACAAGGAAAACACUCUUGGAUGAAAAUUGGAAAGUUAGAACCACAGUGUGUUGGGGCCAGAGAGAUCGUUGGUUGAGCUAUGAUGGAGUUGAAGACUUCUUGAAGAAUUCCAAACAUAAACUAAUCGAGCUUCCAAUGGCUGGUCAUCAUGUACAGGAGGAUUGUGGUGAAGAACUUGGAGGAAUCAUCUCUGGAAUCCUAGGCAGAAGGAGCAGAAUUUGAUUCUGUCCUACAAUCAUCUGACUGGUAGUUGAAUGUUCAAAGAAUUUAUGCAAUUUCUUUGAGGUAAAAAGCUAGUCUUUUGCACGUUAUGUUACAUUUUCAGCUAAGAUUCAGGAUAGAGACAUGCAGGAGGAGCAUCACUCAAUCAGAGUCUGGAUAUGCUAUCUUUUCAGAGUUAAACGCUCCUAUUUGUAGCAUGUAUCAAAUAUAUAUAUCAAAACAUUUGUUUAUCAAAUUUAAUGAUACUACCUUUUAAUCUUCUUCAAGAAUACAUAUUUUUCUUCAA